AUGGUAUUAAUAGUAAUUCUAAGCCUUUUCACAUUGGAAAUUUCAUCAGAAGUUGUAAUAACAAAAACAAUCACGGAUACAGCUACAAAAAAAUCAACAGGGCCGGAUGUAACAGUUACCGUUAUACCAAACACAACAAAUUCAAUGGACACUUAUAAUCCAACAAAUUUAAAUUCAACUACACCUUCAACACAUACACCACCAAUUGAAAGUCUUCUUGACAUGACACUCAGAGAUGUCAUAGAAAUAUUUAAAGAUGAAAUUUCACCUUUAUCAUUAUAUUCUUCUUCUACUUCACCACCACCUUCCUCACCAACGAGUUAUUAUUAUUCCUCUACACCUUCGUCAUCUACUUUAUCUCUAUCAUCAACUUUAUGCGGUGAAGAAGAUUACCAAAAAGAAGAUUUCAGGAAAGAAAGUUUUAAUCUGCCUCCUUCUGUUAGUGCAAAUGAUAUUUCUUUGUAG